ACCAAAAAAUAAAAAGCAAAGUCAAGGUGUGAGUUGUUAGUGUCACAAUGAAGCUGGCAUUCUUCAAUUUUGAUCCCCAAAAAUGUGUGUAUAAAAAUUUAUAUAUAUACACAUAUAGUUUGAGCUUAAGUCAUAAUUUAAUUAGAAUUAAAAUAAAAAUGGUUAGGCCACGUUUCAAGUUACAUAAUUUGUGUAUUGGUCAUGUUGCUACACCUCGUGUUAGAGCUUGUUCUACAUCAUCAUCAUCUUCUUUUGGAUCAAAAUUUGCAAAUAGAACUGAGUUUUCAAGCAAUGGAGUUCAAGAUUCUAGCAAAGAUAACAAAGGUGAUGAAAGUGGCAAUAAAGUAAUGGUGGUUGUGGAUUCUAGCUUUGAAGCUAAAGGAGCACUUGAUUGGGCACUUUCACAUACUAUUCAGAAACAAGAUACUGUUGUUCUUGUUCAUGUAGCUAGACCCCUUAGAGAAGGUGGUGAGUCUGAUGUGAAGUUUAAUGUGAAGGCUUAUCAACUUCUCUUAGAUAUGAAGAGUAUGUGUGAAAUGAAGAAACCUGGGGUGGUAGUGAAUAUAGUAUUACUUGAAGGAGAAGAAAAGGGUGCUGCAAUAGUGCAAGAGGCAAAGCAACAAAGGGUGUCUUUAUUGGUGGUAGGACAAAGAAAACGUUCUAUCUUGUGGUGCUUGGUGAGGAAAUGGACAAGAAAAAGAAGAACAAAAAGUGGAAUUGCUGAGUAUUGUAUACAAAACUCACCAUGUAUGACCAUUGCAGUGAGAAGGAAGAAUAAGAAACUUGGAGGAUAUUUGAUUACUACCAAACGCCAUAAAAACUUUUGGCUUUUGGCUUAGUUUGUUUAUCAAUAAAAUGGUUUAUAUUGUGUGUGGAUUUGUGUUUAAUACAUACACACAUAAGUAAGAAUGUUCUGUUCUAUCUUAAAA